UAGCAAAUUUUGAAAACCCUAAAACUCAAAUUCGCGACUCUUGUUAAGAAACUCUUCCUCUCUGUAAUUUUAGAACUUCUUUCCUAAAAGCUUCUUUUCGAGAAUCUCAAAACCAUGGCGAAUUCUGCACCGAAUCUGGAGUGUCGUAUGUACGAAUCCAAAUACCCGGAGGUAGACAUGGCGGUGAUGAUUCAGGUGAAGAACAUCGCCGACAUGGGAGCUUACGUCUCUCUCCUUGAGUACAACGACAUCGAAGGAAUGAUCCUCUUCUCUGAGCUCUCUCGUCGUCGGAUUCGUAGUAUCAGUAGCUUAAUCAAGGUCGGUCGCAUCGAGCCUGUUAUGGUCCUUCGUGUCGAUAACGAGAGAGGUUAUAUCGAUCUUAGUAAGCGUAGGGUUAGUGAAGAGGACAUACAGACUUGUGAGGAGAGGUAUAAUAAGAGCAAGCUUGUUCACUCUAUCAUGCGUCAUGUUGCCGAGACUGUUGGUGUCGAUUUGGAGGAGCUAUACGUUAACAUCGGCUGGCCAUUGUACAAGAAGCAUGGACAUGCUUUUGAGGCUUUCAAAAUUGUUGUCACCGAUCCUGAUUCAGUUUUCAGUGCUCUUACCCGAGAAGUUAAAGAAACAGGACCUGAUGGUGUGGAGGUGACCAAAGUUGUUCCAGCUGUGACUGAAGAGCUAAAAGAUGCGUUUGUGAAGAACAUUAAGAGGAGAAUGACACCACAGCCAAUGAAGAUCCGUGCUGAUAUCGAAUUGAAGUGUUUUCAGUUUGAUGGAGUUCUACACAUCAAGGAAGCCAUGAAGAAGGCAGAGGCUGAAGGAAGUGAUGAUUGUCCUGUCAAAAUCAAGCUUGUUGCACCACCACUCUAUGUACUUACAACGCAAACCCUUGACAAGGAAAAAGGAAUAGUGACUCUGAAUAAAGCAAUUGAAGCAUGCAUUACUGCAAUAGAGAAACAAAAGGGGAAACUUGUUGUUAAAGAAGGUGCUCGUGCGGUGAGUGAACGCGAUGAUAAAUUGCUUGCUGAGCACAUGGCUAAGCUUAGAAUGGAUAAUGAAGAACUCAGUGGAGAUGAGGGAAGCGAAGAUGAAGAAGAAGACACUGGAAUGGGAGAAGUCGAUAUCAAUGGAGGUAGCGGGAUAAUUGAAUGAACAAAAGCAAAAGCAUUGUAACUACGGUUUCUGCUUUAGAUCCUACAAUUUUGUUUCCUUUUGCGCAAAAACAGUUGUUUCCUUUGACCCUGAACAUGCUUAGUAGUACAAGCAUCUAUUAUACAAGACAAGUGUUUCAUCUUGA